UGGCCCAGCGUCGGCGUGACGGUUGGACGCGGGCGCGGCACUGCGGGUCCCGAUUGCUGCAGCCGCUUGUCAGUGUGAUGAAGAUUGGCACCCAGACACCGCUUGCUUGGACUCAGGAUGAUUUGAUGAGUUAAAUAGCACUCCCAUCAACCAUGAUGGCUACACAGACGUUGAGUGUAGACAGCUAUCAAGAUGGGCAGCAAAUGCAAGUGGUAACAGAGUUAAAAACAGAGCAAGAUCCCAUUUGCUCUGAACCGGAUGCGGAAGGCGUGAGCCCUCCUCCCGUGGAGUCUCAAACCCCAAUGGAUGCUGACAAGCAGGCCAUUUAUAGGCAUCCACUAUUCCCACUACUAGCUUUGUUGUUUGAAAAAUGUGAACAGUCCACACAAGGCUCAGAGGGAACAACUUCUGCCAGUUUUGAUGUGGACAUUGAGAACUUCGUCAGGAAACAGGAAAAAGAAGGGAAACCCUUCUUCUGUGAGGAUCCGGAAACAGAUAACUUAAUGGUGAAAGCAAUCCAGGUCCUGCGCAUUCAUCUUCUUGAGCUGGAAAAGGUGAAUGAACUCUGCAAAGAUUUCUGCAGUCGCUACAUUGCCUGUCUGAAGACAAAGAUGAACAGCGAGACCCUGCUGAGCGGGGAGCCUGGGAGCCCCUACUCCCCUGUGCAGUCCCAGCAGGUUCAAAGCGCCAUCACAGGCACCCUCAGCCCCCAGGGAAUUGUGGUACCAGCCUCUGCCCUGCAGCAGGGAAAUGUAACCAUGGCAACGGUGGCAGGUGGCACAGUGUACCAGCCUGUCACCGUGGUCACUCCGCAAGGCCAGGUGGUCACGCAGGCCUUGUCGCCAGGGACAAUUAGGAUCCAGAACUCCCAGCUCCAGUUACAGCUGAACCAAGAUCUCAGCAUUCUACACCAAGAUGACAGCUCGUCCAAGAACAAGAGGGGCGUCCUGCCAAAGCAUGCCACCAACGUGAUGCGGUCCUGGCUCUUCCAGCACAUUGGGCAUCCUUACCCAACAGAAGAUGAGAAAAAGCAGAUUGCUGCUCAGACAAAUCUGACACUACUCCAAGUGAACAACUGGUUCAUCAAUGCUAGAAGACGAAUUCUCCAGCCAAUGCUGGAUUCCAGUUGCUCAGAGACCCCGAAAACAAAGAAAAAAACGGCUCAGAACAGGCCGGUUCAGAGGUUUUGGCCUGACUCAAUCGCUUCCGGCGUGCCGCAGCCGCCUCCAAGUGAGCUCGCCAUGUCAGAAGGUACCGUCGUGACCAUCACCACGCCUGUGAACAUGAACGUGGACAGCCUGCAGUCCCUGUCCUCGGACGGGGCCACCCUGGCCGUGCAGCAGGUCAUGAUGGCGGGGCAGAGUGAGGAUGAGUCCGUGGACAGCGCGGAAGAUGAGGGGGAUGCGCUGGCCCCCACGCACAUGGGCGGCCUGGUGCUAGAGAACAGCGACUCCCUGCAGUAGGGCCGGCCGAGCCGGUGCCUCCAGCACCCGCCGCGCCCGCGGCGCACCCGACUUCUUACUGUUUGCACAGCAAACAUUUUACAGUUUUAUUCUAAUAUGUUUUAUAUGUAGAUAUAGGAGCGUGCACUUUUGUAUUUCAUAGUAGGGUUAACAAGCGGCCUUGCCGCUGCCGCGACUUCUUCAAACGUGCGUGUGUGGGUUUUUAAGGAACUUCUUCAAAGGUUUACUGCUAGAACCGUGAAUGAUGCCCCUGCCCCCCAUUUUGAAUCCCUGACUAGAUUAAGGAGUUGUGCUGCCAUUUUCUAAAAAAAUUAUGCAGUCGUAAUUGAGUUCUGUGGUUUGCAGCAGACCUCGGGGGCCGCCCAUGUGCGUGGCCACGGGUGGAAGAGCCGGGCUGGCCGCGCUGGGUUCCCCGGCGUGCACGGUACUGGCCCGCGAGCCCGUUCAUUUACUAUGUAGAAAAAGAAACUCCUAUUUUUACCUUGCUGGAAUUAUUGGAUAAAAAGCUAUUUUUAUAAAUUCA